AUGAAGACCGCAAAAGUUAUACGAGAAAUCGCCAUCCUGCUGCUGCUCAUCACCGGCUCAAGUCCGCUUGUACACUCAUUACGCGCUACACCAUUGCAUUUUGGUGUGGCACGCAAUGCCGACGGUGAUGGCAAACUUGUUAUUUACGCACAAGAUGAACAGACCUCGAGGCAGGAGCCACGCAUGGAUGGCAACGUACAGAAAACCGACAGCACGGGCGAUAAAGCAACAACACAGGAGAGCGACUUAGAGAAGGAUAGCCGCAAGAUACCCGAUUAUCUCUACUCGAAUGCUAUGCCUGUUAUGGAUGAUGAGAGCAUUAAAUUUAUGUUGCCCAACAUUGGUUAUCCCAUUUACAGUGCGCCCCAACCUAACACAGCUACCAUAUUGGACAAUCGUUUGUCAAAUGAUAUGCGUCGUAAUUAUCCCUUCUAUGAGAAUGCUUAUCAACGUUGGUCGCUGGCCGAUCGCUUGCAACUUGGCUUCAAUUUGAAUGGUAAUGCUGGCCUCAAUAUGCUUACAUCAGCUGGUAAAAUACCCAACACUGGUCUGACUCAAGAGAAUGUGGGUCUACAACCUCCGGCCGCUAUAUUGCCUGUUGCUGUGGUCGGACCUCCCGGUCCACCAGGGCCACCGGGACCGCCAGGCCCACGUGGGCUUACCGGCGCAACAGGUCCUAUGGGUAGGACAGGUCUGCAGGGACGUACGGGUCCACCUGGACCACCAGGCCCUCCAGGUCCAUCAAUGUCUCAUGGUCUAAAUCAAAAUCCUAAUUUGUGGUAUGCUCCCAAUGCAAAACCAACGCUUUCUUUAUAUCAAAGUGAAUGA